AAUUUCAGUGUCAUUUCAAGUGGGACUUUCAUAGAUUCUGUCCUCGUGCUCUUCAAGUGUAAACGUUAUGAGAGAUAAAAGUUUUAGAAUGCCAAUACUUUUUAUUCAGUGUUUAGUCAGUAUCAACAUUUCUUUGCAGUACAUACGUUGCGAGUACACGAGAUAAUACUUACUAAUACUAUAUUUUUUCAAAAUGGCUUUUCUUGUAUUCAAUAGUGGACAAUGUUUAGCAGCGAUUUCAGCAUCACUUUUCAUGAUGGUGUGCGGCAGCUGUUUUGUGUGGUACCAGCAGGCGUCUCCCAAGCUGUUAGUUCCCGAUCCCAUAGUCCUGAUGACUCAGAUCAAAAUGACGUGGACGCUGUCAGUGCUCGAGUUCGGAGUGCUGCUGUCACCGUUCCUGGCCGGCAUGAUCACCGACUGCUGGGGCAGGAAGACAGCUCUCCUAUUCGCCACUCCGGCGCUGGUCGGCAGCUGGAUCAUAACAAUGUUCCGCAAAAACAACAUCAACGCUUUCUAUUCCCUACGAAUUCUACUCGGCUACGCUCUCAACUUCAUCUACACAGUUUCCCCAAUCUAUCUAUCAGAAAUAGCAACACCCAAUCAUCGAGGUAAGGUGUGUGGCUUGAUGCACCUCAUGUGGAACUUUGGUUACCUCAGUGAAUGUCUAGUCAAACCUCUCUUGAAAGCUGUCGACAAUAUGCAUCUGAAUCUCAUUUUAACAAUACUCGUGUUCUUUGUCUACUUGGCUCAGCCGGAGUCACCCUACUAUCUGAUCAUGGUGAGGAAGUGCAAUCAGCAGGCUUUUGAAGCGCUCAAGAGACUGCGACCGACACAAACCGACGAGGCAACUGUGGAAGAGCUGGCUCAAAUCGGAAAUGGGUUCGAAUCGGAGAAUAGCAAUCAAGCCUCGUGGUGGAGUCUGGUGGCCACACCAGUUGACCGAAAAAUUCUUAUGAUAACUCAAGUGCUUACAACAGUGAGAUAUGCUAGUGGAACUAUUCUGAUAUCCUAUCUUGGCGAGAAAUUGAUCACUAACAUUCUCAACAUAUCAAAUCCAAUCGACAAUCAUUACCUGUUACUUUUCAAUGGUUUCAUAAUGUUAGUGACAACAACAUCAGUCUUUACUGUGGAUUUUAUAGGCAGAGUCCCUCUUCUAAUAAUAUCUCAAAUCGGUAUAACCGCGAGUCAUUUAGUUUCAAGUGUGAUUUUUUGGUUACAUGAUCAUUCCAAUACUGACAUAUCAGACAUUUUUCCAGCAACGAGUUUGAUGAUAUAUUUAUCAUUUUUCUCUUUAGGUUUAGGGCCACUCACCCAUGUAAUACAAACCGAACUAUUUCCUUCCCAUAAUCGAGGAUAUGGCUCUGUUAUAACCAUGGUUAACAUGACUCUCACAUGUUUAGUGAGCAAUAGAUUGUUUAUAGUUUUGAACAGUUUGUUUGGGUUGUAUGCGAACUUUAUGUUCUUUACAGUUGUAUCAUUGUUUGGACUGGUAUUCACUUGUUUGUAUCUACCUGAAACAAAGUGUAAAACUUUUACGCAAAUUCGAGCUUGUUUAUCCUUGCCAAAAUUGAGUUGUGAUGAAAACAAAUGCUGAUCUUGUCUGAAAUUAUUCAAAAUUUCAAUAAGAAAAUUUGACUAAAUAACUCAAGACUUUCGCAUUCAAAACCCUCCUACUGAUAGCAAUGUUAUAUUUGCUUAGAAGAUUAGUUUUUCGAUGACUGAUGUAUGGAUCUGUAUUGAAAUGCCAAUACUAAUCAUUGAUUUUGAAAUAACUAGAUAUCAAUUAUUGUGAGAUAUGCUCAUCUUAUGAUUCACCAUCACUUUACUGAGAGUACUUCUAUUAGAAUUUCAAUAGCUUUUAUUUCAUAGCGUAGGCCUACACUCCAUUAUUUCAGGAAUUCCAGAGUGAUAUUGCAAUAACGAACAAGUGUGCUUGAAAAUCAGGAUAAAAAUUGAUUAAUUCUCCUCUAACAAAAAAAUACUUUCCUUGCAUCAAUACUAGAUUAAAGUUGCCUAAUAUCGAAAAAGCUGUUUUCAUGGUAAAGUGAUAGCCACUCAAAAGAGCAUAUAAUUUUAUUUUUGAGAAGAGAUCUGAAAAAGUCUAAUAUCAUAAGUUUAAUAUGUUGUUAUUAAUAUGUUAGUUUAAUAUGUAGUAUUUUAAUAUUAUUAAAAUAUAUGAAAAUGUGGAAUUACUUUGUAUUGUUAUCAAUAAAUAUGUUGUGACUGUAUUAUAUUGUUAGUUGUAGUGCUACCAAGUAAUUAUCUUACUAUGGUUGGUAAAAGACUGUAUUCAAUAAAUUUUAAUAUGAACGUU